UCAAUUUUUCUCUCUCUGUGAUUUUCCCUCCAAGAAUCGACAAAGAAUCAAAACCCAAAAACCCUAGAUUUCUUCCCCCUUUCUCUCUCUCGAAGCUUCAUCGUACCGGAAAAUGGCGGCGGCAUCGAAUUCCGGCGAAGAUCCGAGCCUCACCUAUCACCGCUCUCCGUUCCGCUUCCAGCUUCUCCAAUCUCUCUAUUGUGAUCCGCUUUUGUCUCCUCCUCCUCCUACGACGACGAAUUGCCUCUUCCCGAUCUCUUCUCCGCCUUCUUCCAUCGCCCAGCCGCCGAAUCCGUCGUCCGAUCACUGCCCUUCUCAUAGUUACGACAAAACUUUUUGCAACGGUAUAUCAUCUGGAGAGAGUAGAAAGGUCGCUAUGGUGCCAGUGAAACUAGAAUACCCUGAUGGUAAGAAGCUAGAAUCUCCAUGUGAAGGUUUUGGUAAACAGGCCAAGAAGGCAAAGAGUUUGAAACAGUCCAAGGCUGGAUAUAGAAAAGCAAAUGCCGAAUGUCCAAGUGGCCUGAAUGCAGCUAAUCAUUGUCGAUAUGAUAGUUCCCUAGGUUUGUUGACACAGAAGUUCAUCAGUUUGAUCCAAGAAACUAAGGAUGGGACACUUGACCUGAAUUACUGUGCAAAAGUUUUGGAGGUACAGAAGAGAAGGAUAUAUGACAUUACAAAUGUCCUCGAAGGAAUUGGAUUAAUAGAGAAAACUACCAAGAACCAUAUCCGCUGGAAAGGUCCUGACAGUUUUGCCAACCUGGAAAGUCAAAUGUCUAAGCUGGAGUCAGAAGUGGCAAGUUUGCAUUCUGAGGAAAAACAGCUGGAUGACCGUAUAAGGGAAAGAAAAGAAGCUCUCCGGGCUUUUGGGGAGGAUGAAAAUUGCCGAAGGAACCUCUUUGUGACAGAGGAAGAUAUCAUGAGCCUCCCGUGCUUCCAGAACCAGAUGCUUCUGGCAGUUAAAGCUCCAGUAGCUAGUUCCAUUGAGGUUCCAGAUCCUGACGAGGAUAUCAGUUUUCCCCAACCACAAUACAGGAUGGUGGUUAGGAGUACAAUGGGACCUAUCGACGUGUAUCUCAUAAGCGGACACAAACGAGAAGAGGGAGAUACAACUGAUAAAUUGUCUGAACAGUCAGACCAGUUGUCUCACAACCAUGCCUCUCUGGCCUUGUCUCCAGGCCGUGGUGAGAAUCAAUGCAAUAAUUCUCAGUCGUCCACUCCCAGCGCAUCUGGUAUCCAGAAAAUAGUGACGGCAGAUACUGAUAUUAAUGCCGACUACUGGUUCCAGUCAGAUUCCGAGGUCAGCCUGACCGAUUUAUGGACAUGAAACCUUAACGAGGUCUGCGUACAUAUAAACUCGCAACAGUCUCUUGUUGAACGUCAAAGCCGCUAGUUGCAGGAAUCAAACCUCGUCGCGUCCGACUGGUAGUAGAAUAUUCCGUGUUGAAAUAUGCGGGAGGCGAAGAUUCAGUGCUUGACGUGUUCUCUGUUGAGGCUGAUGUGCCUUUAGCUUCUUACCCUUUUUUUGGUCAGUGAAAGAAAGCCCAUUGCCACCAUUAGCAAACAAGGUAUUGGGUUUUGUUUUUUUUUCGUUUGUAAAAUAUUUUUACAACUGCUCAAUUCAUCCUACCCUGAAACGAUUAUAUGGUUUUAUUCAGUUUAAACUCUGAAUCAUGAGGUGAAAAACGAUUAUUAUUUCUA